AGUGGAGGCUAGGAGUGACUGGCGGGAGGCGCCCCCAACGGUUAUCCGAGCUCUCGAUCCCGGCGGCUGGAGCGGGCCAUUCAGGGGCGGGGGCGGGGCCUCGCGGACGCUUGUUGUUGUCCGGCCCGGGGAGGCAGAGGUCGCUCGCUCGCUCCUUUGCGCUUUCGGGCCUUGUGUGGCGGUCGGCGGGCAGGUCGGUCGCGGGAGUCGGUCGCCGUGCAGGGGCGAGGCUAUGUCGCGGUGGCAGCCCGGCAGGGCCGGCAGGGCCGGGAGUAACGGGACGUCGCCGCAGAGCCUCUUCCCCCGGAUACAGUGCGGCUCGAACGGAGGCCGCGGCGCCGCCCUCCGGUCCUGAGGAGCUCGCGCUGCCCGGAGCCCCACCGCCUUCUUUCCCGCGACGACGUCCACCGGCCCGCCCCGACCCGGCCGCACCGAGCGCUGCGCAAGCAGGCAGCACUAGACCCUCCCACUGCAGGACCCCUUCCCCAAGGACAUGAAGCUGUUGGAGAACUCGAGCUUCGAGGCCAUCAACUCACAGCUGACAGUGGAGACUGGAGAUGCCCACAUCAUCGGCAGGAUCGAGAGCUACUCGUGUAAAAUGGCAGGAGACGACAAGCACAUGUUUAAGCAGUUCUGCCAGGAGGGCCAGCCCCACGUGCUAGAGGCGCUGUCCCCUCCCCAGACCUCGGGCCUCAGCCCCAGCAGACUGAGCAAGAGCCAAGGUGGUGAGGACGAGGGCCCGCUAAGCGACACGUGCAGCCGCAAGACCCUCUUCUACUUGAUCGCCACGCUCAACGAGUCCUUCCGGCCUGACUAUGACUUCAGCACCGCCCGGAGCCAUGAGUUCAGCAGGGAACCCAGCCUCAGCUGGGUGGUUAACGCGGUGAACUGCAGUCUGUUCUCGGCCGUGCGGGAGGACUUCAAGGCCCUGAAGCCGCAGCUGUGGGACGCGGUGGAUGAGGAGAUCUGCCUGGCCGAGUGUGACAUCUACAGCUACAACCCAGACUUGGACUCAGACCCCUUUGGGGAGGACGGCAGCCUCUGGUCCUUCAACUACUUCUUCUACAACAAGCGGCUGAAGAGGAUUGUCUUCUUCAGCUGCCGCUCCAUCAGCGGAUCCACCUACACGCCCUCGGAGGCAGGCAACGAGCUGGACAUGGAGCUGGGAGAGGAGGCGGCGGCGGAGGAGGAGGAGGAGGGCGGCGGCGGCGGAGGCGGUGAGGGCGGGCCCGAGGAGACCGGUGCCAUGGAGGAGGACAGGGUCCCGGUGAUCUGUAUGUGAGGAUGAGGAGCAGAGGUCCAGCUUCAUUCAGCUUCAACCAGUGCCGGGAACUGCCCACUCGAGGGCCCCCAGGGCCUCCCCAGCUGGUAGUCAGCCCCUGGCUCUGCCACGGCUCCGGCUCCGCCCCAGGACACGCCCACCCAGCCCUUUGGCUCCGCCCACAGAUGUCUACCCCGCCCCCGCCCCUCCCACCACAGGCUCCUGCUGCCCGAAUUGUGGUUGGCCUGGACAGCGCAGGGCCUGGUGGGAAGAGCCACUGCCCUGCCCCCGGGACCUGACACAGGCAGGGACAGCUGGACUACAGAGUUUAUUUUUGUAUUUUGUGCUGGAUCAGGCAUGGGCCUGCACACUCCAGCCCAAGGGCCUGAGAUCCAGUCAGCAGGCCCCUGCGGUCACCGCCCUGGGCUUGGCCAGCCCCUGGUGCCCACCGGUGCCUGCCCUCCCUUCCCCCGCCACCUCGCCCGUUGGGCAGCGUGCACUGAGUGUCACUUUGCUGCAGCUGUUUGUUUCCAAUAAAAAUUUCUGUGACUUA